UAGUUCAUUCAUAUUCCUCUCAUCUUAACUUCCGUCUUUCUAAUCUUCAAGAUUUUGACUCUCAAAAAACUUUGUCAAACAUAUAAUACUAUACGUACUGGAAAUGGCCGAGGCAGCUGUGAACUUAGUUCUUAACAGGUUGAUUGCUUUGCUCAAGGAAGAGGCGAAAGUACUAAGAGGUGUUAAUAGAGAAGUUGAAGACAUAAAGAUUGAACUAGAGUUCAUUUCCUCUUUCCUAAGAGAUGCAGAUGCAAGGGCAGAAGAAAGCAAUAACGGUGUUAAGACAUGGGUGAGACAUAUAAGGGAAGCAGCUUACAGCAUAGAGGACGCCAUCGAUGAAUACAUGCUUUAUGUGGGUAAACACGGUGAUCAACAUGGUUUCAAGGAUUUUCUGACAAAAAUAGCUUGUAUGAUUAAGAGUGUGAAAAGACAGCGUGAGAUGGUAUCAAAGAUACAAGAACUCAAACGAUCAGUUCACGAAAUCGGAGAAAAAAGUAGAAGAUAUGGCUUCAAUAUCUCAGAGCAAGGGGGAUCAAGCCGCGGAGCGAAUGAUAAAAAAUGGCACGACCCUCGCGCUGGCCUCCAUUUUGUUGAGAAUGAUGCACUUGUGGGCAUUGAACCUCUUAAAAACGAGCUGAUAGGACGAUUGAUUCAUGGGGCGGCGAUACGCACAGUGAUUUCACUUGUGGGUAUGGGAGGGAUUGGCAAGACCACUCUUGCUAAGAAAGUUUAUGAUCACCAAACUGUUAAAGGGCAUUUUGAUUACCGGGCUUGGAUCACCGUGUCACAAUCACACAACACGGUGGAGCGGCUAAGGACCAUGAUCAGACGUUUUUAUGAGACAAAGAAAGAGCUCCCUCCCAAUGGAAUUGAUGCAAUGGACAAGGAGGAACUGAUCAGCAAAUCCAGAGAAUAUUUGCAUGACAAGAGGUAUGUUGUGGUAUUCGAUGAUGUCUGGAAUGAAGACUUUUGGCAAGAUAUAGAAUAUGCUUUGCCAGAAACUAACAGUGGCAUUAGAAUUAUAAUAACAACCAGAAGUCUGAGUGUUGCUGAAUUUUGCAAGAAAUCUUCCCUUCUUCAUGUUCACAAUUUGGCACCUCUGUCUCUAGAAAUGGCCCAAGAGCUUUUAUGCACAAGAGCCUUCCAAUUUGAUCAACAGAAGCAAUGUCCCCCUGAGCUGAAGGAUUUAUCUUUUGACAUUGUCAAGAAAUGUGAAGGAUUACCACUUGCAAUUGUGGCCAUAGGUGGGCUUCUUUCAACCAAAGGCAAGGAUGUCUUACAAUGGGAAAGGUUUCACAAUAACCUUAGUGCACAAUUGGAGAGCAAUCCCCAUCUUACAUAUGUCAAAAAAAUUCUUGCCUUUAGUUAUCUUGAUUUGCCUCAUUACCUCAAAUCUUGUUUCCUGUAUCUGGGUUUAUUUCCACAUAAUUAUUCCAUUAGGAGCAAGAGACUGAUUCGAUUGUGGAUUGCAGAGGGUCUUAUAAAAGAAAAGCAAGAAAUGACAUUGGAAGAAAUUGCACAAGAAUACUUAACUAUGCUCAUUCAUAGAAGCUUAGUUCAAGUUCAAUGGAGGGACUCCACUGGAAGAGUUAGAAAACUUCGAGUUCAUGAUUUGAUGCAUGAAGUUGUUCUUUCCAAAUUAGAAGAACUAAAUUUGAUACAUCAAUCCUCACAAGUACAUAUGACAAGUACCAAUGGUACAGCUCGACAUCUCUCUAUCUAUAAUGGAGAAUGUGAUUUGUCAAGCAGAAAUGGUAACUUUCAAACUCAUUCCGUUAUCUUUUUCAGUGUAAGAGAGUUACCUAAAUCUCUAUUUACAAUGUUGUCCCGAAGUUUUAAACUUCUGAGGGAAAUAGAUUUUGAAAGAGCUUCGUUGGAGUACGUCCCGGAGGAGUUGGGGACUUUGUUGCAUUUGAGAUAUCUAAGCUUAAGAGAAACAAAAGUAAAGAUGCUUCCAAGGUCCAUUGGCAAAUUGCAUAACCUCCAAACUUUGGAUUUAAAACGCAGUCUCGUGCAAGAGUUGCCAAUUGAGAUAAGUGGUCUUCGUAAUUUGCAAUAUCUUGUAGCUUACUCUGUGGAUUUUGAUAAUCAUUACAGUAUCCACUCUGUCCAAGGGGCGAGGAUCAAUGGCAGUACUAUUAGGAGUUUAGAAUCAUUAGAAACGCUUCUUCACGUGGAGUUCCAACCACAAAAUGGUGGGGAUUUUUUUAAUGAAUUUGGAAGGUUAACGCGAUUGAGAAAACUGGGGAUCACUAAACUAAAAUCAGAAGGUGGGAUGGCUUUGUGUGAUGCUAUACAGCAGAUGCACCACCUUGAAUCGCUACACAUUUCGUCAGUGAAAGAGGAUGAAUUUCUUCAACUACAAUCAAUGUCUUCUCCCCCACUUUUCCUUCAACGCGUUCGCCUGGAAGGACAAUUGGUCAAGCUGCCUGAUUGGAUUUCUACGUUGAAGAACCUUGUCAAAAUUAGUUUACACUGGUCUAGAAUAUCUGAUGAUUCACUAAAAAUCCUCGGAGGUUUGCCAAAUCUAUUGGAGUUUUGGCUUUAUGAUGGCUAUGAUGGAGCUGAAAUGCACUUUGGAGAAGGACAGUUCAGAAAACUGAAACACCUCGGACUUCGUACUUUGGAGGGACUAAAAAAAUUGACAACAGAUAAAGGAUCUUUGGCUUGUUUGGAGAUUCUUAUAAUAGGGGCUAGUCCACAAUUGCAGGAGGUUCCCACCAACAUUUGUAAUUUGAAAUGCCUUCAAACCUUAGAAUUUGAUGAAAUGCCAAAGGAAUUUGCCCGAAAGAUACUGCCAAAUGAAGGCCCAGAUUAUUGGAAAGUUCAGCAUAUUCCUAAUGUUCAUUUUCGUUACAGAGCUGAAGGAGGACAGCGUGGCACCUACAAGCUCGGUGAUUUUCGCUUGUAUCAAUAUUUGUGUUAG